CGUUUUUUUUAUUUUAAUUUUUUUCUAAAAUUUUUUUUUUUUAUUUCGCACAAUUUGUUUUAAAAAAAAAUAAAAUAUUUUUCAUUCAAAACAAUAGUUAAUAGAUACAAUCCAAUAAAUAUUUGUAGUAUUUCGAUAAGUUCUUUUUUUUUUUUAUUAAAACAGUAAUAAUAGUUAUAAAAACAAAAAAAUAAAACUUAGUUAAAGAAAUUCAAUUUAUUAAAAAAAUAUCAUUUCACAGCUGUGUUCAAAUUCAAGUAGAUUUUAUUAAACUUUUAUAAAUAAAUUAAAACGAUUUAAAAUAAAUAAAUAAAAUUAAAUAAAAAUCCAAAAAACACACAAAAAAAAAAAAACAAGUAGUAGAAAAAAAAUAAAGAUAAAGGGGUGAUAUACACAUUGUGUAAAAUACACUAAUGAUUUUAAAAAAAAAGAUAAAUAGAAAUAAUAAAUAUAAUAACAACAAUAAUAAUAGUAGUAAAAUAAUAAUAAAGUAUGUCUAAACAGGAAUGGUCAACAUCAAAUAUUAGCAGUGGUAGUGGGAGAUAUCCUGUUAUUUGUAAAUAUUUUAAAUCUGGAACCUGUAAGCUAGGAGAUUCAUGUAGGUUUUCGCAUUCAUAUAGCUCAACAGGUGGUACAUCAUCAUCGUCAAAUAAUGGUGGUAAUAUAACAUACACUGCUAAAACUGCAUCAUCUUCAUCAACAGCAGAUGAAAAAUCAACAGUUCCUCUAUCGACCAAUAAAAAAGAUAAUAGUAACAACAAUAAUAAUAAUAAUAAUAUACAGCCAGCCUCCACAACCAAUUUAAAUAGUAGUGGUAAUAAGAUAGAUAUAGUUCCAGUUAUAAAUAAUAGUAAUAAUACGAAUAAUAGUAAUAGUUUAAAUAGUUUAAAUAUAAGUAAUUUAUCUUUGGAAGAUUCUGAAGAGUUUAUAUCGUUUGCCACAAGAUCAAACCCAAGUAGAAUGGCAGGUAGAAGACCCUUUUUACAAAUGGUUGUUUUAUAUGCUUCAGAUUCAAGAGUAAUGAGAUUUGCAAGAGAAGUUCAAAAUCAAUUUUUAGAUAGGGGUGUAGAUGUAUAUUUAAAAACUGAAGAAAACGGCCAAUCAAUUAAAACCGAAAAUUUAGCUGAAAUUAUUACUGGAUCAAAAGCUGAUUGUUUAAUAGUUUUAGGUGAUAGAAAUUUAAAGAAUAGAUCAUGUCAAGCCAAGAGAAAAGGUAAACUUGUAGAGAUGGAUAUUGAAGAGGUUAUUACAUGUAUAUGGAAUGAAUGGAGUUUACUUUUACCCAAAGAAGAUGAGGAAUUAACUGAUGAACAAGUUUUUAGUCUUUUAGAAAAACAUUGUAAAUUAAGACAUGUAAAAGAUAGAUUACAAAAAAUAAAAGAUAGUAUACAUGAAUUUAAAGAUUUUAAAAUACCACAAAAAAGUUCAAGAGAUUUAAUCGAUAAUCCAACAUUUUUAGAUGAAAAAAUUGCAUCAAAGCUUACAAGUGCUCAAAAAACAAUAAUGAGAUUUCAUUUACAAGUCGUAGAAGCAAUAGAAUAUGUAGAAGAUAUGCCAUUUAUAACGCAUACUGAAAAGUUAACUUCAACAAGAGGUUCAUCAGUUGGCCCAGAAGUUAUGGUAUCUGAUAGUAAACCAGUAAUUAGUGAAACCAAUAGAGAGAAACUAUUGGAUCAAUUAAAUCGUAUAUUAUUAAAAAUCGAAAAAUUAGGAACUCGUUUAUCUCAAUUAGGUUCACCAUUAUGGGAUGCUUAUUAUGAAGAGUACACUGAAAAGUUAGAGAAUCAACAAAAUCAUUCAGUAAAUUCUGAUAGUAGUAAUAGUAGCAAUAAUUUAGAAAAUAGUGGUAAUAUAAGUAAUUCAAUUUCAAAUAGUAAUAGUAAUAGUAGUAAUAGUUUAUUAAGUAAUACAAAUAAUAUAGAGAAUACAAACAGUUUAUAUAGUAAUGGUAAUGGUAAUAAUAAUAAUAAUAAUAAUAAUAGUAGUAAUAAUAUAAAUAAUAGUAAUAAUAAUGGUAGUUUAGUAAAUGAUAGUAAUGUUAAUACUAGCGAGGAUGGUGUUGAGUUACAACCAGGUCAAUGGAGAUGUUUAGUUUGUACUUUUAUUAAUGAAGAAGAAGGUUAUACUUGUGUUAUGUGUGAAUCUCCAAAUACAAAUAUAGAUGAAUGGUCAACUCCAAAAUCAAAAUCUUCAAGUAAAAAAUUAUCAGUUCAAACAAAUGAUAAAAAUAAAAAAGAAAGUACAAAAUUAUCAAUUCAACCUGAUCCAACAAAUUCAAAAUUAACAGUUUUAACAAAUAAUAAUGUUAAUAGCAAUAUUACAAAUAAUAGUUCAGUAACAGCAACAGUACCAACAAUAAUAACCUCAACCACAUCCUCAUCAUCAUCCUCAUCUUCAUCCUCAUCAUCAUCAACAGCAGCAAUUCAAACACCACUUUCACCAUCAUUAUCAUCAUCAUCAAAUUUAAUUGAACCAUCAUCACCAAUUUUAUCAUCAAAUAAUCAAACACCAAUUUCUUUACAUACCUCUUCUCCAGCAGUUAUUACAGCAGCAGCAACUAUCGCAAGUGUCACACAAAGUCCAUCAUCUUUAACUCCAUUACCAUUUUCAGCAAUUGCAACUGGUGCUAUUUCACCAUCAAUGAUUGGUGAAAAGCCUCCCGCAGCCCCAGAGUAUUAUGAAGAUGAGUUUCCACCACUUUCAAAUGAAUUUCCACCACUUGGAACUAUCGCUAAAGUUAAAACAUCAAAACAUAGCAAUGGACCAUUAUCACCAUCAUCAUCCACUUCCUCAAACUCUUCAAAUGUUUCACCAAACCAACCAAUUAUUCAAACUAUAAAUAAUAGCAUACCAACAUCAACAGCAUCAAUAAUAGCAGGUCAAGCAGUACCACAACCAGUCAAUACUACUAAAGCAAAUAAUAAUAAUACACCAACACCCUCACCAAAGAAACAAAAUAAAAAGCAACAACAAGCACAGGCUCAACAACAAGUACAGGCUCAACAACAACAACAGAUUCAACAAAUGCAACAACAACAACAACAAAUUCAACAAGCCCAACAACAAAAUCAAGAUAAAAAUUCAAUUUCAAAUUAUAAUUUUAAUCUUUUUUCAAAUAAUUGGGAAAGUUCGUUAUUUGGUGGUAAAACUGAUAAUUCAUAUUCAAGUGACCCAUAUAAUUGGUCACCAAGCUGGGUUAAUUAUUUAGAUUCAACCAACUCUUCAUUAUCAACUCCAUCAUUAUUCGGCACAGAUUUUAAUAAUAUUUUCUUAUCAAAUUCCAUAUUCCAAAAUAAUCUCUCUGCCCCAUCAACCACCACUACACCAACAACAGCCGCCACUGCUUCAUCACCCUCAUCAAUGUACUCCACUCAACAAUAUAACUCUAAUAACAAUAGUUUAUCAUCACUUCAACAACAAUAUCAUCAACAAGUUUCUCAACAACAAUUCCAAUCAUUUGGUUCACCAUCAUCAAACACUGCUUCAUCCAACAAUACUGCUACUCCACAACAAAAUUUAUAUAUUCAACAACAAAAGCAAUUACAACAACAAGAACAAUUUGACAGAGAUAAACAAAGAGCAAGAGAUAUUAUUUUAGAAAAAUAUAAACACUCUGCACCACCACAACGUCCAUGUUGUUAUUGUGGCGAAGAGUCAAUGCUCGAAUGUUAUAAUUGUGCUAAAACUGGUUUUGCUACUUAUUUCUGUUCAAAAGAACAUCAAUCUUUAAUGUGGAAAGAACAUAUGAGAGUUCAUCAAAUUUAUGCAUCAUCUUCAACCCCAUCAAAUAAUAAUAAUACUGCUACUACUACAAAUUUUAAUAAUAAUAUAAAUAAUACUACAACUUUUAAUAACACCAAUAAUACUAUUGGUAAUAAUAACAACAACAAUAAUAAUAGUACUUUUUUUAAUAAUCACCUUACAGCACAACAACAUGGCACAUCUCAUUUAAAUAAAUAA